GCAGCAGCAGCAGCCGCAUCAUCUGGCUGCUAGUUGUGUGAGAAAUCCUGUGAGAUCCAGUGAUCUAAAGUCCAGGUUUUUAUCCAGAGGAUGCAGUCAGACACGUUACUGCACGUGGCUAACUUCAGCACACUGUUUGUGUGCAUGGUGCUGAAGUUCCCGCAGAUCUUUGUGCUAAUGCGAGCGAAGUCAUCGACAGGAGUCAGCCUCAACAGUCUUCUGCUCGAGUUGAUCGGGUUCAUUGUGUUUGUAACGUACCAGAUGUACUAUGACUACCCACCUCCAACAUACCUGGAAUAUCCAAUCCUCAUUGCUCAAGAUGUCAUUCUCCUGCUCCUGAUUCUUCACUACAGCGGCAGCCUGCGGCAGAGCCUCAUCUACGCCUUGGUGUUUGUCGGAGGCUGGAGGCUCCUCACUGUGGAGAAGUGGAUCAUAGAUUUGGCUAUGAGCCUGUGCACGUUCAUCAGUGCAGCCAGUAAAUUCGCCCAGCUGCAGUGCCUGUGGAAAUCUAAGGACGCCGGACAGGUUAGCGCCCUCUCCUGGGGUAUGGCUACCUACACGUGUAUGGCGCGGAUCUACACCACCACAGUGACAACUGGGGACAUGCAGGUCAUGGUGCGGUUCAUCGUCAUGACCUUGCUGAACCUGUGGGUGCUGCUCACCGUGCUCUACUACCAGAAACACAGCAGCAGCACCAAGAAAGAAGACUAAGCUUUAAAAGAUGGACCCCGGGGCUGACUGCGACAUCACCACGCUGAUCCUCACCAGAGUUUACACAGUUACUUUGGACACAGCCAGUACUGAAAAACAAAACUGACGCAACGGUUAUGUCAGGCGCUUUGUGAUACUUACCCAUAAAAUGUGCUUUUUAUAUUGUUUUUACCUCAGUUUUAUACCCACUCAUUUCUUUUUAUAACAUUCCAGAGACUAGAUAUCUUCUUCAUACUGUAUGCGAAGAAAAUGUAGUAUAAUUUGAAAGGACAGCACCAGCCAAGUUUAUCUGAGAUCUUCCUCCUCAGGAUAAAAAGAUACAGUAUUUUGAAUAGCUUUUAGAAAUAUACAGUUCUUUUUCUGAACUAUUUAAUAAAUCAAACCUUUCAGCUUCUCA